AACCACACCCAUUAUUUCCAGCCACGCCCUCCUUGAUCCAUCAUGUUGGAUGCAUUCGACAUUGUCCGCCUCGUUGAUAAGCUCCCUCUCAAAAUAUGCGCCAUAGCAACAUGGAGAGAGCAAUUUAUGAUCAGCACUGUCAGUACAAAGAAUGAGGCUCACUUGCUCGUGUAUAAAGUUGUUUCGUCAAGUGACUUUGAUAGACCGUACGAAGCUAAGCUUGAUAUGACGCUCAAGAAGUUCACGCCGAAACCGAUCAUCAGUUUAUCGGUUAUCCCAGAACAAGACAUGUUCUUAGCACUGACAACUGAUGGUGAGUUUCACUGUGCUAAUCUCAUCACAUAUCAAAUUGUGAACAUUGGUAUACCACGUCUUAAGGGAUGUUCCACUUUUGCCGUCGACUGGCACAGGCUAAAAGGUUUCAAUGGUUAUUUAAGAAUUUGUAUUGUCCUUAAGAAAAAGUUACUUGUCUAUACGUACUUUGGUGGUACAUUCACUCAGACUAAUGAUUUGGUUGUCCUUGAAACUCCAAAGAUGGUCUCUUGGUUAGGAGAAGGCAUCAUAUUUUGUAUAAAGAAAGAUCUCUACUACAUGACUCUUGAUGGUUCUUCCAGAGAGUUAUUUUCAAUCGGUCAGCAUCGCUCUGAGCCGUGUGUGCUCCCAAUAAUGAGAGGAGACAAGCAGGAGAUGCUGGUACUGAACGACGACAAACAGAUUAGUUUAGACACAGAAGCUAAACCUACCCAACCGUCUGCUCUGGUUUGGUCGGAGAACCCUGUCUCCAUAAUACACAUUCAUCCUUACAUCAUCGGCAUGUUGCCACGGUCCAUCGAAAUACGAGCAUUGGAGCAAAAGCUGCUAGUUCAGAGUAUAAAAACGAAUGAGCAGAUCAAAGAUCACGUCAGAUUCAUUGCACAUGAUCAAGUGACUUUAGUCGCUAGUCACACUCAGGUGUACAAGUUAGAACCCAAAGCGUAUGAGAAGCAGGUCCAACAGUGUGUGCUCAGUAAACAAUUUGAACUAGCACUGGAAAUAUCAGAGCUAAUAAAGGAGACUGAGAGCGAGAGGAAGUUGAGGAGGGAGGAGAUACUACGUCGCUAUGCUUUUUAUCUUUUCACUCGACACGAGUUUGAGAAAUCACUUAAAUUCUAUUUAGAAAUAAAUGAAGAUCCAAUGCAUGUGAUUGCCCUGUAUCCUCAUUUCCUUCCAAGUGAGCACAGGCAGAACCUGUCCCUACCCACUUCCCCACCCACUUUUACUGGAGAAGACUUAAAGAAAGCAACCGAGUUUCUCAUCAAAUAUUUGACACAGUUACGAUAUUUAGAGCAGCAGAACUUGCAGCAGCUGCUCACAAGAAUGGAGAACAAACCAGAGGAGUCGCCUGUUGAUUGUGAAUCUAAGAAAAAAAUAGAUGCCAGACUUCUACUGAUUGACACAACACUGCUCAAAUGUUAUAUAAAGACUGGUAACAAUACUUUGAUUGGGUCUUUGGUUCGCUUGCCCGAGAAUCACUUGCACCUGGGAGAAAGUGAGAGGGUUUUGAGGAAUGAUGAAAAGUUUCAAGAAUUAGUUCAACUCUACCAAACUAAAGGACAGCACAAAUUAGCUUUGACCAUGUUACACAGUUUCCACGGAGGUCCAAAUUCAUCGCUCUCAGGGGUGUGGCCAACCAUCGACUAUCUUCAGAACCUUGGCAGCGAGAAUAUAGAGCUCAUACUUAAAUACUCAGAGUGGGUUUUACAAGAAAGCCCUGAUGAUGGCAUAAAAAUAUUCACAGAGGAGAUUGGGGAAGUGGAGGCUCUUCCUCGUAGUAAAGUACUAGCUCAUUUGGGCAACAUUGCACCUGCUCUAAGAAUACAAUACCUUGAACACAUAAUUCAGAGAUGGAAGGACACUACGCCUGAAUUUCACAACGAACUAAUUUUAAUUUACAUGAAUGAGAUUGUUAACAAUAAGCUACCUCAAUAUUUGAAAUCAAUAAGAGGUAGACCCAGAGCUAAAGCUGGUGAAGAACCAGGAGAGCUAGGCUACCUAAGAUCAAGAUUGCUUCAUUUUUUACAAUCGUCAAAAUACUACGAACCUGAGGGUCUAAUAUCAAGAUUUCCACAAGAUGAUCUGUUUGAGGAGAAGGCUCUCUUGCUUGGACGAUUGGGUAGACAUGAAAUUGCACUUGCUUUGUAUGCUCAUGUCUUGAAGGAUCCAAAAAUGGCAGAGGAAUAUUGCAGGAGAACAUAUGAUCCAGAGGAAAACAGAGGGGUUUAUUUGGAUCUAAUAAAAACGUACCUCAAUCCUCCGACAAUUAAGGACAUUGGUAUCAGUCUUGAAGGCAUUAUAGAACCAGUCAAAGACAUCAACACUGCCAUGACAAUACUAGCCACUUACCACGAGAAGAUAGACACAGCAGCUGUAAUGUUGCUUUUACCAGAAGAUGUCUCCAUUCAAGACAUAAAGCAGUUCUUGACGACAGUACUUGAGGAGAACAUGGUCGUGAAGCGAAGAGCACAUGUGCUGCAAGGCCUUCAAUUGGCAGAACAUUUACAAAUCCAGAAGUCAAGAAUUAAAGAGCAAGCUCCAUGUUUUGUAAUCGAUGACUUCACUAACUGUAAAAUAUGCAGCAAGAAGCUAGGUACAAGUGCUUUUGCUCGAUACACAAACGGCGAUCUGGCCCAUCUCUUUUGCUAUCAACAAGAGAUGGACAAACAGAUUGAAUAUUAAAAGAUAAUAUUGAGUGUUUCUUUGUUUGUGUUUAGUUGUUUGUGUGUUUUUUGAAUUAUGUGUGUUAACUGCUGCUCUGUAUGUAUGGGCAGGGAAUUGGCUCUGGAAAGAUUUAUCUCUCACCAAAACUGUAUUUAUAUUCUUUUUCUUAUUAUUAUAAGAAACAAUUUUAUUAUUAUUAUUAUUAUUGAUCUUUACUGAAAUUCACGUUCCUUCCCAUGA